AUGGACAUGCUCUUUGGGCGAAAGCCCGCCGUGGAAACGGUCCCGGGCGAUCGGGUGCUACCGCUUCACUUCUUCGAAAACAGUCUGCUUGUCCAGGGCAACAAUAUGGCCGUGUCAUUGGUGUUUGACGCGGUGCUCGACCCGGAGAAGUUGCGACAGUCCCUCGAAGGCCUGGUCAAGCGGGAAGGGUGGCAAAGGUUGGGAGGUCGGCUGAGGAAGAACGCCUCAGGCAAUAUCGAAUGGCACAUCCCCGCUGAAUUCACAGCGGACAGACCCGCAAUAACCUUCGCGCACGUCGACCAUGGCAUGCCCGCUGCUUCACAUCCGGCAGCGUCCCGAAUCCCAAAACCAGAAAGUCAGCCCGCCGUCGUCGGCGAUCCAGAUGACCUAGAGGGCCUGGCAUGGGAGCCCGGAUACAAGCCAAAUGGGAUCAAGGACUACCUCAACUCCGAUAUACCGGUCUUGGGCCUACGCGUCAACUCCUUCACCGACAAGACUGUUGUAGUUUUGCAGUGGCAGCACGUUGCCUUCGAUGCGCUGGGCAUGCAGUAUGUUAUCGAAGGUUGGAGUGCCAUGCUCUGGGGUAAAGAAGCCGAUAUCCCGACUCCAUGCGAAAUCGACCCGGAUCCAUUCGACGCGCUUGCUCGGGGGACACGACCUGCCACGGAAGAGCAUAUCCUAGCAGAGAAGAAGGUCGGGUUGGUAAGUUUGGUCAAGUGGGGGCUGGGGUAUGGAUUUGAUAUGCUCGUCCGAGCCAAGGAGAACCGCAUGGUUUGUGUGCCAGAGACGUAUUGGCGGCCGCAAUUGGAAAAGGCCUUAGAGGAGCUCCGCGCCGAGGCAGUCGCAGCGGGCGAAGACCCGUCAAAGGUGUUUCUGACUGAGAAUGACAUUUUGACGGCCUGGAUCCUUCGUUGUGUGGUUGGCCAGAUGGGAAUGGACCCCAACCGGACGGUUGCUGCCUCCAUCGCCAUGUCCCUCCGCAAAGCCUUUGAGGGCGACCUUAUCCCUGCCUCUGCCGAACACCCCUACGUGGGCAACGCCUUCGGCUGGGCGAACGCAAUCGUUACCGCAGGCGAUAUCACCUCUAAGCCACUAAGUUGGCUCGCACGCCAGCUUCGGCGUGCGAUUAACGAGCAAGGCACGCGCGCUCAACACGAGGCCUACUACGCCCUUGUACGCUCAUCUGGAACCGGUCUGCCCAUUGUCAUCUUUGGAGACGGUGGCAUGGCUCAAAUCGGCUUUUCCAACUGGUCUAAGGCUGGUCUCUUCGAUUUAGACUUUGCCCCGGCUCGCAAGGACUCUCAGGAUGUCAUUGUGCCGUGCAGGCCUUCGUAUGUCCAAGAGAACCACGGUCCUGUGAAACCCGGCGAUGGUUUCUUCGUGUUUGGCAAGGACGCGAAGGGGAACUACUGGACCUCAGCGUAUAAGGUGAAGGGCCAGUGGGAGAAGUUCGAGGAGCAGCUGAAGAAGGACUUGGAGAUGGAUGCAUGA